AUACUGUUGUGAUUAACAUUCACAGAAUAUGGCUCUAAGUAGACGUACAUCGGUGUUAUGCGGUUUAUUCAUAUACUGCAUAACAGUAACUACAGCAGCCAAGCCAUGCGCAUCCCGUCCGUACCCUGGACAAUCCGUGGUUUGUGUCUGCAAUGCUACCUACUGCGAUGAUGUCACAAGGAUCUCGAUGCAGCGCGGAACCUACGUCGUCUACACUUCUUCUGCGGCCGGUCAACGCCUUUCGCAGCGAAUUGGCAAAUUGAAAACAAACAGCACAUUCUUAAAACGAAACCAUACCACGACCCUGAGACUAAACCCAGCGAGGACGUAUCAGAAGAUCGAAGGUUUCGGUGGCGCAGUAACCGACUCUGCCGCCAUCAACUGGAAGAACUUGUCUAAACCACUGCAGCGCCAUUUGAUUAACUCGUACUAUGGAGAGAAAGGCAUCGGCUACAGCUUGGCCCGUGUUCCUAUCGCUGGCUGCGACUUCUCCGUGCGACCGUAUGCCUACAAUGAGCUGCCCAUCAACGAUACCAAGCUUAGCAACUUCUCACUCAGUAUCGAGGAUUUCAAAUACAAAAUCCCAAUGUUGAAGGCAAUCAUGAACGCUACAAAGACUCCUUUGAAGGUAGUAGCAGCGGCGUGGAGGGUGCCAGAUUGGAUGAAGGAAAAGAACAACUACAAUAAAUGCGGGCAACUGAAGAAGGAGUUCAAGCAGACCUAUGCUGAUUACCUUCGAAAAUUCAUAGAGCAAUAUAACGCACAUGGAGUCCCUGUAUGGGCGGUAUCCACCUCCAAUGAACCAAUCAUGGGCUUCCUCAAUCUACAGACAGGUGGUGACUGCAUCGGAUGGUACCCUAAAGACAUGGGCGAAUGGAUAGCAGACAAUUUGGGGCCAACGAUUCGUAACAUGACACAGAAGGUGUUAAUACUCGGAGUUGAUGAUCAACGAUUCGCAUUGCCCAUUUGGUUCUAUGCGGUCGUAAAGUAUAAACCCGAAGCCCUGAAGUACAUUGAUGGCCUGGCGAUCCACUUCUAUGGAGACGUGAUCACCCCACCCUCGAUUUUGGAAGACGUGAGCCGCAGCAAUCCUGACAAGUUCCUCAUCUAUACCGAAGCCUGCAAUGGACCUACGGCAUCUGACAAAGAGAAGGUCAUUUUGGGGUCAUGGGACCGAGCUGAAACAUAUAUGAAAAACAUUAUUACGGACAUAAAUCACAACGUAGUAGGCUGGAUCGAUUGGAACCUGUGCCUAAACGAAAUGGGGGGACCAAACUGGAUCAAGAACUACGUUGACUCUCCAAUCAUAGUGUUCGCAAGCAGGGGGGAGUUUGUCAAACAACCGAUGUUCUAUGCCAUGGCUCACGUGGCCAAGUUUGUUCCUCGCGGGUCCAAGAGGAUAGAGGUCAUGGAAGAUGCUUCCAAGCAGAGUCAAGUCAAGCAGUUUGCUGUUCUGACGCCCAGUGAUACUAUCGUUGUCGUGCUCUGUAAUGGUGCCAAUUCGACGGCCUCUGUGGGCAUUCGCCUGGGCGACCAACAGCUGGUAUUGGAGCUGCAACCAAGAUCCUUCACCACAGUGGAGUUCCAUAACGAGGUCAACGACAGUUGCAGAGCACGCACCAUGAUUCAAAACGUCCCAGGGAGGAUCAGUGACGUAGAUUAUGAUGCUAAUUCUAUCAGUAUUACUUACAAGUUAUGGAAUUGUUAGAAUUAUACUUAGGUCGUUCUAUGUGCAAUAAACAGGUGUUGAUUGAUAA